AUGCAUUUGCGAAGCAGAGAAAAUGGCGCCGACAUGCGGCGCUCCGUGAAGCAACUAUCAUCUGGCAUGGUGGUCUGCAGCUCGCUGGAUCGCGCGACGGAACUCGCCGAGUCUAUGCGCCGUCGUCCCGACGUCGUACAACAUGUCGAUAUGCUACUCCUCGACUUCACCUCCGUCCGUCGCGUCCUUCCCAUAAGGCAGCUCAUCGACCGCAGCCGUUGCGCCAGCUUGAUUCGCUUAUUCCUACCACCGUCGGCUCGUAGCCUUCAGGGAGUCCUUCCGCGCGUGCCAUUCUCAAACCUGACGAUCUUCGAGAGUGAUAUAUCCCACGCCGCCGUAGCAGUGUUCCUCUCUCUACAACCCCAUCUGCACACGAUUCGACUUGGCGCUUGCCAGUCCCGCGGAGCUUGUCCACUUGCGUCCGUCUGCCUCUCGUUGAGGUCACUGAAGUCUAUCACCUGCGACGACGUAGCAUGCUCUCUACAGCUCGUCGAUGGAGACAGCGUAUUGAAACUUGAGGGUCGUUUCAACGCCAGGGCCUUCGCUACCGUUCCCACUACCCACGAGCAUUUACGCGUUCUACGAUGCCCCGUGCAAUCAGGAGACAUCCACGCCGUGCGACAUGUGUCUCUAGUGGCGCCCAACGUUGAGAUGCUUACGCUGUUGGCGUACUCGGAACUCUCCAAGGACGUCCGCGUAUCGUCGGCGGCAUCGCAAUUCUUUCGCAAGUUGUGCUUGGGUGUGGUCUCGGGCAUGCGGUGGGGUAUGAGUCUGAAGGCGAUCGUGCCAUGA